AAACUCCCAAUGCAAACGUCAAACAAACCAAAAAUAUAAACAAUCACAAUCGAAACGGAUUGGUUUGGUGGCGCCAAACAACCGCAAUAUUCUUAUCUCAACACCAAUAAAGCCACAUAAAUUCACCAUGAGAAAAUGUCGUGCGUGUUUGCAAAAGGAAGCAGAUAGUUAUUGUUCAAUUUACAAGAAAAUUCAAAAAGUAACGCUCGAAGAAAUGUUUCAUUCGCUUACCGGCUUAAGCGUGUCUCGAGAAGAUGGUUUGCCGCUAUGUUUUUGUCAAGAGUGUGCAGAUUUCAUCGUGACCUGUAACAAUUUUCGAAAAAAAUGCAUAAAAUCUGAUGCUCAUCUGCGUGCUGCCAAGAUUAUCAGCGAGGAGGCGCAAAAUGAAAUUCCAAAAGUUGAUUAUUUUCCAACGGCUGGGAAAAUAUCGGAAGAUGAUUAUGAGAUUGAACCGGAAAAUGAUGUUACGGAGAAAACAUACUACGAAGAAGAAGCCAAACCAACAACACAACGACUGGUAACCACCAGCACUGAGUUGGAGAAUCAUGAAGAAUCUGAUUACGAUCUGUACGAUGUUGUUGAGGACGUCGGAAUAGUAGAAAAUGUUGCAUCCGACUACAAUGAAAGCGGCGUGUCGCUUGAGGGAGACAUUGAAGCUACAGACUCCAGGGAAAACUCACCGAAAACAGCUGACGGAAUGGAUGAAGCUGCACCAGAAGAUAAUCCAAUGGUUUGUCUCAUUAUCAGCUGUUGUGGCUGUUCUGGAUCACAAUUCACUUCAGUGAAGGAUUUAAAGCAACAUCGGCUUGAAGUGCACAAGAAGAAAAACAUCUCGAAUUCCUUAAAGAUCCAUCAUUGUGACAUUUGCUUUGAACCCUUCUGCAAAAAUAUUAAAUUAUUAAAAGAGGAAGCUGCACUGGAAGCAAAGGAAAGAUACGUCUGUACCAUUUGUGGCGCCAGCUACAGUAGUCGAGCGGCUUUGCAAAGUCACAACAAUAGUAAACACUUGCGCAAGCGAAAGUACGCGUGUGAUGUCUGCCAGAAAGCCUUCUACACCUCUAGUACCUUGAUAUCACAUCGGCAAACACAUGGCAAGAAGAAAUACCAGUGCACCGUAUGCUCGAAAAUGUUUCUUCGCCGGUGGGACAUGUUGAGCCAUCAGAAUACGCAUUCCAACGAACGGCCGUACGGUUGCAGCGUGUGCGACAUGCGUUUCAAGUCUUCGGCUCACCUGCGGGGCCACCAAUCAGUUCAUACGGGCGAACGGUCGAAGAAGUGUCGAAAAUGUGGGAAAGGAUUCCGCACGUACAGUGAUCGGCGGGUGCACGAGCUGGAGCAUGAAAACAUCCAUCCCUUCAAGUGUGACUUUUGCGAUAAAAAGUAUGGCCGGAAUUACAAGCUGCAGGUGCACAUACGGAUGGUGCACACCGGCGAGCAGCCGUUCGCGUGUACCGAUUGUUCGAAACGAUUCUUCCAGCGGUGGGAACUGACGGCCCAUCGGCGGACGGAUCAUGGCGAUGUAGAAGGUUAGGAGAUGUUCGAAAUUGUAAAGUGAUCAAAUUUUACUUGAAUUGUAACUCAAAAUCAUUUGUCUUACACAAAGUUUCCUAAUAGUUUUAGACAGUCUCAUAAUUUUUUUAUGAGUUCUUCAGAUAUGAUAAGAUUAUACAGAUAUUCAAGAGAGUAGCACAUUUGUACCGGAACGAAUUAGGGUAAAGAAUAGCAAUUAAAUCUUCUAUUUAUAUAGACUACGGAAACCGAAUACAUAGUAAAGCACUAGAAGAAACUUAACUAAAAG